AUGAAAAGAAACAAAAGAUGUUUAUUAAGUGAUGCAAUUCAAAUAGUUUCUUUAGGCAUUAGACCAUGUAUUAAUGAGGAGUUUAAUAAAACAUUUAUACCGUUUAAGAAUACAUACAGUAGUAAUGUUUUAAUUAAAUCUUUAAGUAGUUAUAUAAGAUCAUGUAUUUUAUUUCCAAUUAGACUUACUAUGAUUUUCUUUAUUUUGUUUCCUUUAGGUGUUUUUACUUUAUACUUUAAUUCCUUAUUAAUCUGUUUUAAUAAUUGGGUUAACUUUAUACUUGGUGUAAGAAUUAGACAUAAAGGAUUUAAGAGAGUUUUUAAUGGUCCUCAUGUUUAUGUAGCUAAUCACACUACGUUCUUGGAUUAUUUUAUAUUAAGUUCUUAUAAGUACACUCAUGUUACUUUAGGUCAGAAAACUGGUGGUAUUUUCAAUAUAUUUGCUCAAUUAUUAAAUAGAGCUAAUAAAUCAAUAUUUUUUGAUAGAAAUGACAUCAAUGAAAGAAAAGAAUCUAUUAAUUGUUUAUCAGAGAGACUUAAAAACCAAAAUACUUCUUUAUUGAUAUUUCCUGAAGGUAAAUGUAAUAACAACAAACACUCUUCUUUAUUUUAUCAAGGUGCUUUUAGUUUGGGUGUUCCUGUAAUACCUGUUGUUAUUAAGUAUGAUCAUAAACUGGUUUCACCUGUGUGGCCAGGUGAUUUAUUCCCUGAAAUAAUUUACUUACUAACUAGGUUCAGAGUAAACGUUACUGUUAAUUGGUUAGAGCCUACUGAAAUACGUGAAAAUGAAACACCUACAGAAUUUGCACAUAGAGUUAAAAAUUUAAUUUCUAAAGUAGGAAAUUUAAAAAAUACUCUAUGGAGUGGUACUUUACAUUUGAAUGAUCAAAAAGCAAUUGAUUAUUUGAGAAAAGCUUUUGUUAGUUUUUACUAUAAAAUAACCAGAACUUGUUAUAAGGAACCUAAAGAUGUUUAUAAUAAAUAUUAUAAACUAACAUCUUCUGGUAAAAAAGAAAGAAUGUAUUUUAAUUAUUUUUCUUAUGAAGAAUUUUUUAAUCAAGUUAACAAGGAAGUUUAUAGAAUGAAAAAGUAA